AAACGAGUUCAUCACUACAAACCAAAUGAAACCGUCUCUUGGUUUCCGUCCUCUUUUCUCUUCUCUGUAACAAGCAGUGUUGUGGUCGGACCGUGAGCUCGCGGGGCCCCGCGCGGUCAACCGGAGGAAUUCACGUGUGAGACCGGGCGGGACACGCCCUCUACGUCACCGAGCUGAAGUCUCAAAGUGAAGACACUCAACCUCUGAGCCUCCACUCUGUCCUCCGCUCUCUGCCGUCACCUUCUUCCGUCCACCGCUGCGGAGGCGCGCUGCUGCGGGAGAAACAUGUUCAUUAAGUCGGCACGGAAUAUUUCACAACUCCUCUACUGACUCACCACGGACAGCUUUCAUACAGACGCACUUCUAAAAUGGCCCAUCAGAACCAGAGCUGCCACUAUAAUGAGUCCAUGGGCUUCUUCUACAACAACAGCGGCGCUGACGACAAAUGGGACAGAGCACAGCUCAUCCUGGUGCAGGUGGUCGGCUCGCUCUUCUGCUGUUUCAUCCUGGUCUCUAACGCCAUGGUCAUAGCUGCUGUCAUCACCAAUAAGAGGUUUCACUACCCUUUCUACUAUCUCCUAUCCAACCUCGCCGCCUCGGACUUCCUGGCGGGCAUAGCGUACGUGUACCUGAUGUUUAACACGGGCGAGGUGUCCCGGAAACUUACAGUUAAAGGAUACUUCAUCCGUCAAGGUCUUCUGGACAUCAGUCUGUCAGCCUCGCUGGCGAACCUGCUGGUGAUUGCUCUGGAGCGCUACAUCUCCGUCAUGAACUGGAAAGUCCACAGCAACCUGACGAAGAGGAGAGUGACGCUGCUGAUCGUGCUGGUGUGGGCCAUCUCCAUCUUCAUGGGGGCAGUGCCGAGUCUGGGCUGGAACUGCAUCUGCAACCUGAGCGACUGCUCCAAGCUUGCUCCCAUCUUCAGCAGGAGCUACCUGAUCUUCUGGUCCGUGUCAAACCUGGUGGUGUUCCUGGUGAUGGUGGUCAUCUACCUAAGGAUCUACGCCUACGUCAAGAAGAAGACGGCGGUGCUCACGCCGCACACCAGCGGCUCCAUCAACCGCAAGAGGACGCCCAUCAAGCUCAUCAAGACGGUCAUGGUCGUGCUCGGGGCCUUUGUGAUCUGCUGGACUCCCGGCCUGGUGGUUCUGCUGCUGGACGGCCUCAACUGUAAGAGCUGUGAGGUCAAGAAAUUGAAACGCUGGCUGCUGCUGCUGGCUGUCCUCAACUCCGUCAUGAACCCCUGCAUCUACUCCUACAAGGAUGAGGAAAUGUGGACAACCUUCAAGAACCUAUUACGCUGCAUUGGUAAUGGCACGCGGCGGCAGCGGUCCACGAAGGCCAACACCAGGCCGCUCAGCUCUGGUCCUGAUACGGGCACCAGUCAGCCUCCCUCAGAGGACACAAAAACUGACGAGCAGGGCAUACUUAAGACCUGAAAAUGGAGGUUGUUAAGAAAGAACCAAAACUUCUGUCCAGCUUUGACUGGACGUACUUUAUGAAGACACAGAUUGGAGUUGACUUGAAGGAGAACCAACAUCAGUUGGUCUUAGCGGGUCGUUGUCCUCAGAGUACUUUCUUGAAGAGACACUGCAGGCCAGCUGCUCCACUGUAGAGCUGGUGAGAUGGAGAUAAGAAGAGAAGUUAUGCACUACUUAUUCAGCAAAUGGAUGCCAAGAUGUGGUUUUUCAGUUUUUCCCCAGGAUUUUUACAGUUUUUGGAAACAAUACUCCCAUUCAUAUGUACUGGGAGUUUCCUUUUGCUGUUUCAUCCGGCUCUUUUUGUCUUCCUCAUCACAUCUCUGCCCUGUGCGUUAUUUAAACUUGGACAUUUCUGCCCUGCAAUGGCUGAAGAAAAAAAUCCAGUGUGAAGUACACAGUGGUACAUUUCUACUUUUACCUCCAAAAAAGGGUAAAAAUCAUACAAGGGGUGGCUUGACUUUGUCACUAAUAUGUGUGUACAUCCGAAACAAUGCAGGUAUGGAUGUUCUAGUUAAGCUAGAUGUAUAACUUGUUUGUAGUCAGGUACUAUAAAACUGUAGGUGUGCUUGGGUAGGGCACAGUUUUUAAGAUUAUUUCCUGUUUUUAAACAUAGCCAGUGAUAAAUACUGUAAACUGCUGUACUAUAGUAUUUGUAUCUACUUGUACAUCAUGUAAAAUGCUUUCAAGAAGAGGUGAAGUAGUUUCAGCUGUGUGACAGACUUCCCAGCAUGAUCCGAUUGCUUUAGCUCUCAUUUGCAUUUUAAGUGAAUAUCCCACCCUGCUUUAUUUUGUAAAGCAGGCUUGCCUCUAGGGGAAUAGAUAACAGAGUGACUCCUUUCUUGUCCCAUAUGUCCGUUUUUAUCAGUUGACCUUAACAAAAACACAGACUCCCGCCUUCAGCACCUCAUGGAGGCAAACUUGUUCUCCCUGUAGCAUUUUUACACAUCCGCUUCAGCUCACUGAAUGGCUGCUGUUGCUCUGAUGAAACAGCUGCUCGCCUGACAGUACAGGGGUUGUAAAGUGAUGUUGCAACACACUGGAUUCCUGCUGUAGUUUCAGCUAGUGUACCUGCAGGAGCCGAAGAGGAUAUGACUGAAUAGACUGUACCUACACACACACACAUACACACACACACACACACACACACACAGGCCCCCCUUUCUCCUGGACUGCUCUGACGCCUCCUUUGCUAAAUCAUUGACAGGGUUCAAAUGACUCUUCAACCUGCUGUAGAGUUUUUAUGCUACUCCUGCUGUAAAAAGAGACUACACUGUUGAAGCUUUUUUUGUUUUUAACCUGGGAGUGUAGGAAUGCCUCACAUGAGAGUCGUGAUUGAAAAGGUUUACAGCUGCAUAAUCUCAAACUGAGAUUAUUCAUGGUCAUUCCUGUGUAGUUUGACUUUGGACAUUUAAAAUCACAUGUUAAGUCACAGCUUUUGUUUGGAAUUUCAUGUUGUUGUUUUUUUUACAUCAAACUUUGCAACAUGUACAUCAUGCCUGUUUUUUGUUGUUGUUGUUGGUGUUUUUUUUACAGCAGGCAACACAGAAUAAAUUCACUUAAAGGA